AAUAGACGGCGAAUCCUUGAAAGUAAUUGGCUCUUUGACAGAAAGACGCCAAACGACGCCAUUCGACGGUGCAACAGGUCCUCCUGCGUCCGUUUAAUCCAGGACGGGAUAUUACGUAUCGGUUCAGUUUUUCAACUGGAAUGGGUUCGGAUUUUAGUUUUUUCCUUUCGCAGACAAGAUUUUUUGCCAAGCACGAAAAACCCAUCGCUCCGAGUAUAACUGACGCCAGUUACUGUUUACAGUAUGUGCAGUGAUGACUUGUCUGACCCGCGUUUCGGAAAAUUGCUUCAAGUGAGUAUCGUCCCAGUGGUGCCAGAUAUGCCCAUCAGCCCACAAUGACCAAUGACGAAUGGCAAUAUGCAUUAGGGGAGAGUGAUAACAUGGAUGACGGAUCCGAUGACAAGGAUUCCAAAAGAAGAUCUAGAAAUUUAAGCGAGAAGAAACGGAGAGAUCAGUUCAACACUUUAGUCAGUGAAUUGAAUGCAAUGGUGUCACCUGAUCGAAAAAUGGACAAAUCCUCUGUUCUUAAGACAGCUAUAUCUCUGUUGAAAAAGCACAAUGAAUUGACUACCAAAUCUAAAGUAACGGAGAUUGAGGAGUAUUGGAAGCCAACAUUCUUAACGAAUGAAGAAUUCAUAUAUCUACAGCUGGAAGCCAUAGAUGGUUUUAUGAUCCUAUUUUCAACGUCAGGACAAAUUUUUUAUACAUCUGAAAGUGUGAUAUCUCUUUUAGGAUACCUACCAGAAAACCUCAUCAAAAUGACAUUAUACGAAAUAACGCACGAGGCAGAAAGAAACAACUUGUAUAAUAUUUUGAUGAAUCCACCAAAAGAGGAGGAGCAAGUUUCUUUUUCAUGUUAUAUUCAAAGAAAAGGCUCCGAUAGCAACCGAACGACUUAUGAAUUAAUCAAUUUUGUUGGAAAUUUCCGUCCAGAAAAGAAUAGACUCGCCAACGAUAAUGAAUUCAAGGACUACUCCUAUGAAAACAAUGUGAGGUUGAUUUUUAUGGGUAUAGGAAGGAUACAAACCCCCCAGCUCAUCAAAGAGACUGCUCUUGUGGAUUCGACCAAAGCGGAGUUCAUAUCGAGGCACAGUCUUGAGUGGAAGUUUCUGUUUCUAGACCAUAGGGCACCGCCUAUCAUAGGAUACCUACCUUUUGAACUUCUGGGCACCUCAGGUUAUGAUUAUUACCAUGUUGAUGAUUUGAACGAAGUUUUGAAAUGUCAUCAACUGUUAAUGCAGAGAGGAGAGGGAACAUCUUGCUACUAUAGGUUUUUGACCAAGGGACAACAGUGGAUAUGGUUGCAAACUAGAUUUUAUAUAACUUAUCAUCAGUGGAAUUCAAAACCUGAGUUUGUUGUUUGUUCGCAUAGGGUUGUUAGUUAUUUGGACGUAAUGAAUUGCUUCUCAGAUAAGGAUGAUGAACCUCUUACCGAGGAAAGUUCUUCAUCAACGCCUUGGUGUAAAUCCAGCAAAAAGAAGACGGUUUCAGAUUGUACCUCCAUGUCAGCUGAAUCACCUAGCUCUAGACAUUCUGUCCUCACUCAAAAUUCAGUGAAAUCAGGAGAGAGCUUCGAUGGUUUUAAUGGUAAGAUCCGUCGAGCGCAAUCACGCAUACAAACCCCUCAUCAAGUACAAUACCAGGAUCAACAGGUGGAGCAUCAAGUUGUCCACAUUGCACCUGCGCCUCAACCGAUUUUAGAGCCAAAACAUUACGUGGCGGCAAUUCCCGUGACCAGUGUCAUUGCAACUUUUCCUGCUCCAACCGUCCUAACUAUUGGAAACAACUUAAUGAUGUCAGCCCCUGCACAAAAUCAAGUACAGACAGACCUUCAACGAAAACAAGCCGAACUGCAGGCGUCAAUAGAACAGAAACAAGCCGAAUUGAGGCGUAUCUCUGAACAGCUUGUGAUGGCCAGGCUUGGUAUUCUUCCAUCCCAGCCUGAGCAGCAAACAAAUGUGACUGAGUGAUACGUUGCGUAAAAUGUAAAAUCAAAAAAAGUAAAUGAACAGAAGACUAAUUUCAUUGUAAGCCCCACACCAUUGAUAAAGAUAAUAUUUAUUUUAAUUCUAUAAAUAAA